AGUUGCACGACAAAAUCAAUACUAUGAUAUUAUAACAUAUUUCAUUGGUUUAUUAUUGAACGUCGAUAAAUUGAUUAUCAACAAUAGGUAGCGCAUCAAUCGUGCAAAUAUAAGAAUUAAAAAACCGCUCUAUAAAACAGGUACACCGUGAUUACAAUUGUGAUCAGCAAAAAAUAAAUAUAUACAUAUAUUCUGUUUGUUAUCUACGAUUCCGGUGAUAACGAUACUUUGAAGAAAAGUGCUUGAACUACAAUUAUUUAAUUAAAAAUGCCUGCUGAUGUGUUUGGAUAUAUCUAUGCUGCUACAGUAGCAGCUGGUGGUGUACUCGGUUAUGUAAAAGCGCAGUCAAUUCCUUCCCUGGGUGCUGGGCUUGUUUUUGGAUCUGUCUUGGGUUAUGGAGCAUACCAAACUUCGCAAGAUCCCACUAACGUUAAGCUUUCCUUAGCAGCAAGCUUAGUGCUCGGUGGAAUAAUGGGUUAUCGCUAUCAUGCGACUGGUAAAAUAAUGCCAGCUGGAAUACUUGCAGUAUACAGCUCUGUAAUGGCAAUCAGAAGUGUCAUCAAAUAUUUUGGAGAAUCCCCCAUGAAAAUACAGUAAAUCAUUUAACAAUGUUUUACAAUUUAUUUUAUGGUAUAAGGAAAUAAAACUAUAUGUAUAUAGGAUAUAUAAGCUACAUAAUAUUUACAUUAAACUUUAUAUUUGUUACAUGAAUAUGUGCAUUCUAAACAUAAAUAUACUCCUUAAAAAAGGUUAGCAUAUUAUUUUAA